ACAUUUUCGAAUUUGGCCCCUGCUCUUGUAAACGUGUAAAAUGUCAAACAAAUUUCAAAUUUGAAAACAACCGGCGUCGUAAUCGAAUCAACAACUUCCAUUUUCAGGAAGACAGUCCACAAAAUGUCGAAUCCCAACUUCCCGGGAAGGCAGAGCCUCCUCAAAGUGAACCGCUACUCGCUGAUGAUGCGACCGGCGGCGACGUCCACGCCCACUUCCGCUUCUCGCGCAGCUCCCUCCGACCCGUCGCUCCCACUGCGUGGCCGCCCCUCCAAGCGCGUCAAGAUGGAGUACAUGUCGGCGGCGAUCCGGCACCAGCACUCGUCCACCUUUAUCAUGAAGCUGUUCGACCGGAGCGUCAAUUUGGCCCGGUUUCCGGAAGCGACGCCACUGUACCCGGUUUGUCGGGCUUGGAUGCAAAAUGCACCCAGGGUCGCCAGGAGUGAUGAGAGGGAGCGGGAGAGUGUGCCGGAGGCGAGGGAGUUGCAGGUGGAUGUUUUGGAGCGGUAUAACCGGAAGGAGCUGGACCAGAUUGAGAAAAUGCCGGGGCCGGCGGAGAGCGAGAUGGAGCUGUUUGUGCGCGAGGAACGAUUUGCGGAGCGGGGAGAGGAAAUGGCGAUGGGGGAUGAGGAGGGUUUGGAGAGGGAAGAGCUGCUGAAGGGACACAAAGAGCGCUGGUCCGGAAUUAAGCGGCGUUGGGUUGGCCACCGGAGGAACUAUCUGGGAAAGUAUCAGCAGAGCUUUGAUUUGCUGGACGCGAUCAUGAUGAAGCAGGCUUAAUGAGGAUGUCCUUAAAUUUUGUGUAUUCUUUACAUUUAUAAUUAUUUUUGAAAAAUAAUCAAUAAAGUUCGAACGAAGUGAAAUCUAUUUGAUGGGGGCGAUCGUUCGCCAGCGUGGUCGCUGCCGGUAGCGGCAAUGCGGCCCAGCAAGAAGUUACCGGGGAAGAUCUCUUUACCCUGCCAGAGUUCUUUGCUCUCGCAGGGGAGAUGAUGACGCGGUUUCGGACCUGCCGGAACAAGGCGGAGCAAUUCCUGGCCCUUGGGGAGCUGAUGAUCAAGCACAUCUAUAAAGGAUAAAAAACUGUGAUCUAGUUUUAAGCUUUCUCUAAUUCUAUCCCCUUUCCCUUGCAAUUUUAGUAAGUUUUUUUUCUUAAUUUUUCUUACUCUUGGUGACACCUUUAUUUACAAGCAAUAAUUGUUCCAAAAUGGAUUCUGAUGUAACACACAGCUGAAAGGAACUCCAAAACUCUGUAAUGAACCUCAAAAGAACUUAUUGUAUCUUGAUUAUUCACCAAUAAAACCGAAUUGAAAAAAAAUUGAAGUGAAAUCUAUUUAAACAAGAUUUAGCGUGUUUUUCAAACGAAUGGUGGCGCCACCAAUGUCAAAACGGAUAAUCACGGAACCAUGCUUAAUUUUUGUGGUAGUACUAGCCGUCUGCAGUACUAGAUAAAUAUAUCACGGACAUUUUCUUUCGGACUGUUUCGAUUGAAGUGAAACCAACAUUGCAGCUUGUUUUUUUUUCUGUAUAGAGUUUAUGUAUUUUUUAACUCUUACUUUUCAGUGCUCUAUUUUCUUUUUUGAAAUAUUGUUUUUUUUUUUCAAAUUUGUAUGGUUUUAUAAUGUUUGACAAACACUGCUCGGCACGGCAAAACCACGCUCCGUUGCUGCUCCCAACUUUUCGCUGAUUUUAAAUUGGAUUACUUCAUGUUUACUUUUUGAAAAAUCAACAAUUUCGAAAAAUUAAUUCAGCAAAAGCGUGUUUUUGUUUGCCCCCUUUCGAUUACAAGUGUUGUUUUCCCAGUUGCUAUUUUUUGCUCGUUUGUUGAAAUGUUGCUUCUUUCUUCCUGUUUGUUAGUUUGAGUAACAAAAAUAAUUUAUUCACCCGAAUGUGUUCUACCUCCGUUCGCUCCUCUCUCUCUCUCUCCCACUUCGUUCUAGUCUUUUUAUUCUUUUCUAUGCCACGGAUUCUUAAAACCAGGUAGGUUAGUUAAUCGGCAUGAUCCUCCUUUCUCCUUCUACUCUUUUCCCUUUAAGAUAAAAUAGGUUUAGUUCCUUCAGCGCAGGUGCGAGUGUUUGAUGAAAUGUUUUCCCCCUUACAUGAUUGAGCUGUGCGCGAUCUGGUACUGCAGUAAGUAGGAUUUUGUUGCUGAUUUCGCGCCUUCAUUGAGUUAUAAAAAUUAAAAAAAAUGAGGAAAUUUAAUUGAAAUGAAAUAGAUUAUGCUAAGGAACUUUAAAGUGCAGAAGAAAUGUCUCUUAAAAAGGACAUUAGAUAAGUAUUUGUUUCGAUCUAGUACUUCAUAGGUAAAAAAAAACAAAUUUACGGAUGGACUGGAAAAUCCAAGUAGAAAAAUUAUUAAUAAAUUAAGAUGUUUACAGUUUUGAAAAGGGUAACAUUAUAAGUAUAAAACUAGAGCAAUUGCAUAAUUGGAAAGAAAAAAAGUUUGGAUUUUAUUCCAAGAGUUAAUUUGGUUGUAGACUUCACUUUUCCUUCAUCACACUUUCAACCAGGGUGUCAGGUUGCCAUAUAAAUCUGGGAAUACAAUUUUUUUAUGUGUAUGCCAGAAUAAAGAAUUACCCACAUUGAGUUCGACAGAUUUUACAUUUUCUGUCAAUUAAGAACACCUUUUUGAAUCAAAUGAACGAGUUAAAUAGAAGUUUAAAAAAAUAGUAUAUUUUUGUUUCUAUGAAAAUGUAAAUUUAACCAUUUUAUGGCCGAAAAUCAAAUAAACCAUCAGAAGCAUUUGAAUACAUUAGUUUUUCCAGUUUUUUUUUCGGUACCUGGCCAGAUUUUUGCCUAAUAUGUCAUGUGAAGUACUAGAAUGUUAAAAUGUUGGCUUGUUUAAACCAACCAAGGGAAAAAAAUCAAUUUAAUUUCAUAUUCUAGUACUUCUUUUCACAUUUUAACCAUGCACGCCAGAGCUGGAUAAUCUUACAGCAUUCUAGCUGAAAUGUUCAACCGUUCUAGACGGGAUUUUGGCAGAACCAGCUCGCCUAGAAUAUUUUGUGAUUGGGGAUGGUUAAUUGAAGUACUAGAAUGCAUUUACAUGAAUGUUUUGUAAAGGGCUUCGAUCCGAAAAUUCGGCAAAGCCAAUUUUUAACCAAUUUUGAAUCAUCAAAAAACUAGUUUCUGGGGCAAACUUUGGUCGUUUUUUCAGCAGGUCUCUGGUUAGUUUGCAAUACGUCGUAAAGGAGAUAUUAGACUCCGACAAACAAACAAAAAACUCUCACUUUUUUGACAGUUUGACUGCAUUUGUUUGGAGAAAGGUCAACCUGCAUACAUUUUGCUUUGUUUGCGAGUUUGUCAAACCGUCAAAUACGAAAAAGUGCGAGUUUGUUUGUUUGUCACAGUCUAUUACCUCCUUGACAGCCGUCGCCAACUCCGACACUUGUUUGAUUUUCUCUCUUAAAAAAUCAAAUUUUCAUUAUUUUUCAGACGUGCAGAUUAAAAAUGCAACGUUUUUUAGAUAUGAUAAUUUGUUAAGUGAUCGAGAAAUGAUAGAAAAACGGCUUUGUUUACAACUUGUGGCUUGUUUAGGGUCUUUUGAAAACUAACUCGCCAUCCUUCUUUUUAUGUAAAAAAACUUAAUUGCGACAAAUACAAAUUAAAAAAAAAAAAUAACAAGAUAAACGCAUACAAAAAUGUUAAAAUGAAUGAAGAAAAAAAGGUUAAGUUUUUUGUAGAACAGAAUAUCUCGGGUGAGUUUUCAAAAAGCCGUAAAAGCCACCUCCGACACUAAUUUUCGUUUUUCUCCAAAUUUGAACAAUAUUUCACUUUUUUGAAGUUUAAAGCACUUGAAGAACGUGUAGACGAACAAUCUCAAGCAUUUUUGGAAAUGAUUUUUCGUAAGUAAUUCGAUUACCGGUGCAAAAAGGGCUAUGUUUACUAAUUGCUUUUACGUCUUUUUGAAAACUAAUCCGAGAUAUGCUCUAAAUGACCCCAAAAACACGGAAAAAAAACAAAGAUUUUCGAUUUAAACAAAAAUUGAGCGACAGAGCGUUAAGAUAAAUGAGAAAAGUUGUUACAGAAAAUUUUAAGUAAACGAUUGAAUGAACAUUUUUAACAUUCUAGUACUUCUUUUCAUGUUGUAUUGGUCACACCUUUUGACCGACCAAAUCAUCAUCUGAUGUUCAAUUGAAGUACUAGAAUGGAUAUUUAUUAAAUGUUUAAGUAAGUGAGAAAAUUUUGGACAGAAAAAGUGAAGUACUAGAUCUCAAAAAACGUUGCGUUCAACUUUCUUCAGUGAAUCGCAACCGGAAUAAAAUGUUCUGCGCACUAUUUUACGCAGUAAUUACUCGUAUUUUUCACCUUUUCAAUAUGUUUUUAGGUAGCUUCGUUAGUACAUAGAUUCAGCUUGCUUUAGCCGGAUUUUUUUUCUUCUGUUUCAUGCUAAAAAUUACCGCUACAACUCUGUUAAACCUGCUUCUCUCUUUCCCUCUGUCACUGCUGCUGCUAUUGGACCGAAUUUGGCUUUGUGUUUUACGUGCUCCCCUCGAAUAUCGCCGUGUGAACCUUAACUUUAAUAUCAGUUUUUACACGUGGGAUCGUGCUCGGUCUGGAUUAUACGCGUGGGGGGGGGAUUGAAUGUUUAAAACUUGUGUUACGAAUUUUGUUUUCCCCACUUGUCUUCUCUCUCUCGUUUCCGAAAGAAAAGAAACGUAAACGCUUUUUUGUUAUAUAAAUUUCUUACAUAUAUAUAUUUUAUUUAAACUUUUCUCGCGUCCCUUCGUGACCACCACACACACCUUCACAGCUCACCGCAUUGUUGCGUCCAUCUUCUUCCAUAAACUGGAUCCUUAGCUUGUAAUCGUUCCCAUUAUUUCAUUGAAUCAUCCCGGGCAUCGCGCGUAGGCCGUUAGGAGCCCAAUUGGCGAUCCGGAAGUUUUAGCCAGCGUUAAAUUUACUACUUCCGAGCUUCAACACCGCUUGCGAGUGUUGGCUGAUUUGUUGCGGGGUGAGUUCUGCGUGCGUGCGUGGUCCAGGUCACAAACAGCUCCGCCGCCGCGCGAGAACGAGAAUUAUUGUUUCCGGUUUGUUUUAAACUCUAGUUUAGUUGGGUGUGUCUUUCGCGGUUUUAGCUAGUGUGUUCCCCUCCCUUUCCAAGUGUGAAGCCCUCUUCUUUCUGCUUUCCGGUUUUUUUAAAUAUAAUAUUUAUAAUUAUUCAAUAUUAUUUAUCAUAAUCAUAAUUAUUACAUGUAUCUUGUUCAUAUUCUUCUCCUGCGCCAACGAAAUGCUACGCGAGAUUACGGUUCUACCUGUUGAAAUAACAUUCACGGUUUUCUAAACUCUUAGCUGUGUGCGCCGCGGAGGGGGAGGUCGCCGAUUCCACUCGAAAAAAAACAAUAACUAUUAACUAAACUUGGGUGGAGAAAAUCGGCGCUAGCGCGCGCGCUCUCAAAAAUUCAAUCUUCGUCAGUCGGAGGGAAAGCCGAAA